AGUCCAAUGCCACUCAAAAAGUAUUUGCUAGACCAUCAACGGGUGAGACUGCAAACAAAAGCAAUUAAACCUUCGAUCUCGCAAAUCCACAUGGAAAAGUUUCGAAAACAUAUACCAAAUUCUAUGAGGUACCUGGAAUGGAGAGAGUUUACCCGAGUGUUGGAGAUUACAUCGAUGCUCGUGACGAAUCACAAUCAUCAACUCAUGAAGAGCUGCUGCACAAAGUACUCGGUAGAAAUUUGUUGGAAAAUAUUCAGCGUGAUUUGAAUGCAUCUAUGAAUGAUGCAGCAGAGUUAAUUGGAGAGAAUGAGCAGGAAAGCAGCACGUUUGACCCGUUCAAAAGCAACCCGCCGAUCAAAGAGAAGCUUCCUGGGGAGGAUCUUUGCAAUGAAACGGUGAAAAUUGGAUUAUCCAAUUUUCACUACUGGAUACGGAGCGUUCCUCAUAACAGUUCUGCUCGAAAGUUCAGUGAACUUGGAUAUAUGAAUGCUUUUCCGACCAGUUUUCAGUUUUUGCUGAGUGAAGCAGCUUACGUGACGCGUUCCUCCCCAUACGAACUUUACGGUAAGCUAAACGAGCUGGAGAAAUAUUUGUUCAAAAGUUAUGAGCAGAUGAAAUAAAUUGUUUAUAAUUGGAUCAGUUUUCAUCAACUGAUUGGUAGGGGGAAAUAGGAAGAUACUUUGUAAACGUGACUUAAUGAAAUAAUA